GAAACUUGGUAUUCGACUCUCCUGUACCUAAUAUGAUUCUUCGUAAUAUUUCCUUCAAAUCCAGUGAAGAAUUUACACAUAUAAGAUACACCGCAAUUACAUGCGAUCCGGAUGAGUUUGUAGAAAAGAAAUAUUCAAUUCGACAAAAUAAUUAUAAGCGAGAUACUGAAAUAAUGGUUGUUAUUACAAUGUAUAAUGAAAAUGAUGCUCUUUUCAUUAAAACAAUAUCUUCUGUCAUCAAAAAUGUGGCCUAUAUUUGUUCAAAAAAAAGAUCAGAAAUAUGGGGAAGUGAAUGUUUGAAAAAAAUUGUUGUGUUAAUUGUUUCAGAUGGUUGUAAUAAAGUCAAUAAAAGGGCUCUAAAUGUUCUGAGUACUAUGGGGUGUUAUCAAGAUGGAAUUAUACAAGAUCGUGUCAGAAGAAAACCUGUCACUGCACAUCUUUUUGAAUAUACUACACAAUUAAUGGUUGAUGAUGAUUUUAAUGUUCAAGGAAAAAACAAUAAUAUUCAACCAGUUCAGGUUAUGUUUUGUUUAAAAGAAAAAAAUACAAAGAAAUUGAAUUUUCAUCGUUGGUCUUUCAAUGCUUUUGCUCCUCUUUUGAAACCAAAAAUUUGUAUUUUACUUGAUGUUGAUACAAAACCUUCACAUACCUCAAUUUACCACCUGUGGAAAGCUUUUGAUCAUGACCCUCAUAUUGGUGGUGCUUAUGGAGAAAUAAAAGUAGACCUUGGUCGUAGAUGGAGUAAUCCUUUAGUUGCGUCUCAAAAUUUUGAAUAUAAAAUGUCUAACAUCUUAGACAAGCCAUUUGAAUCUGUUUUUG